AUGGCCAAUUCGAGCAAUAGGAACGAGUCCCGCCGGAACGGGUCACACGGGUCCCAUUCGCUUUCGACAACCAUUCCAGCCGUACCAUCGACGUCCUCCAACACCUCCCUACCACUCACCGCUAGCUCCACCGCUCGAGACACCGGGACACGCCGAAAUGUGCUGUCCCAUAUAAAUGACAUCUUUAAGUGUACGAUUUGUUUUGGCCGGCUAGAAGAUCCUCACCUGUGUCCGCAGUGUUCGAAGCUGUACUGCUACGAUUGUAUUGGCGAGUGGCUCGAUUCGGGCAGUAGCCAAAGCUGUCCGAACUGUAAGAUUACGCUUCAGCUCGAUCAGUUGGUGAAGGUACGCUGGUUCGACGACAUUCAGAAAUUGCAGCAGAAUCUACACACGUUAAGCGCUUCCGAAGCGGAAGAAGAAAGGUUGGCGGAGAAAGCCGACAAAGCGACGGAGAACGAGCUAUGCCCGAUGCAUGGUAAACCGGUCAACUUCUACUGUUCCACGUGUAAGCAGUGUAUCUGUGAGGUUUGUGCUACGGAUGUGAUCGAAGGACGCCAUCGAGAUCACACGUUCAAGACUCUGCACGUAACGUACGAACAGCAUCUGAGCGUGCUUGAGAACGAGCUCGAAAAGGUGGAACACUAUCGGGACAUGCUGUCGCUGUUGAUGAACAAAAUCGAACGUAAUGUGGCACUGAUUGGUCGGGUAAAGAGUGUGAAGCACAAGGAGCUGGAAGCGAUCAUGAUAUCGGCGAUGGAAAGUCUCGAUCGUCAGGAGGAAGAAAAGGUGGCCAAGCUGCAUGACCAUCGGUACAGCUUGCUGCUCGAGAUGGACAACAUCGACCAGAAGCUUCAGACGAUGCGUUGCGAUAUGAUGCUCUGCAGCAAGCCGCAACUCAUACAGAUGAAGCCAAAGAUUUUGGCCGUUUGUAAUGCGAUCCGUAUGAACCCGAUCAAAGACUUUAAGCAGAUACGUGUACCGGCUCGGCUGAAAAUCGAAAUUCCGAACCUGUACGAAACGGGCGUGUUUGUGGUGCAAAACUUUUCCACCUUCGACGACAAUAAGGUGGUGUACUCGAACGAGUUUUCCGACUGCUUUGGGCGCACGUGGCGCAUUAUGGCGUGGUGCGUAAUAUCGGAGGAUCACUUCGGGAUCUAUCUGGAGCUAGUCAGUGGAACACCCGGCUGGAUGGAAUGUACGUUCCAGUUGAUCCAUCUCGAGCCGGAAAAAACGAUCAGCAAGACGAUCCGUCAAUACUUCGACCGAACGCCCCAGAAGGGUUGGGGUUUGCGAGACUUUGUGACGCUUAAAACGAUUCUGGAGGAAAACUAUCUGCGAGUAAAUGAUUCGCUCGAGCUACUGUACAAUAUCCGCCCGUGCUCACCGGCCGACGGACAGCCCGAUGUGCUGGAUGCCGAUGAAUCGUUGACGGAACAGUGA